AUGCAAGAAACCUCUCGGCUGCUGGAGGCCGCUGCGGCUCUCUCCCGUCCACUCCGUCGAUGCGGGAUCGCCCAUGCCUUCCAUGGAAGCAUCCUGCCCGCGGUGCUAUCCAGCAGCCCGACAAGCGAUGAAAUGUAUUGCCUUGUCUCUGCUGGCCCCGGUGGGACGCAUCCGUUCGGCCGAGUAUCUCAGGCGCUUGCCGGCAAUGAGUAUUUCACCGUGAUUUCCUCGCCGUGGUGCAACCGUCGACGCUUAAAGAUCGAGAUAUUGCCUGCCGGGGAAGAAGGGCCGCGACACCUGGACGGGAGCACUGUCAUGGUCGUACGAGGUACACCGUUCUUGACGGUGUCGGAGUUCCUUAGGGCGAAGCUUAAGGCGUGGUCACUACGACGCUCCGAGCACGAUGCCUCCGACAUCUCCUUCGUUCUCGCUCGCUACUGGAACCAGGUGGAUCUCAAUCGUAUACCUGAACAAGACAUGCGCGACUUUAUCAGGGUUCACAAGGACGCGGCCUCCGCUUGGGCUGCUAUAAAACGGAAAUAUGGGGCAUAG